AUGUCAUGGAACGACGGCGUCGUCGCCGUCGACGACCCAGACACGACGGUGCCGUUCGACGCCGGCUACAUUCCGUACGACUGCCAGUACUACUACGAUCACCAGACGUGCACGGAGGAGGCGGAGCUCCCCGUGGGCGCCUUCCUUGGCGGCGAGCCGACCCGGGGCGACGCCGGCGGCGUCUCCUUCUCCAACGCCGCCGCAGCUGCUGCCGGAGCCACCUCCCCGUCGUCGUCGUCUGCGAUCACCUUCGACGGCGAGGAGUACAGCGCGGUGUCGUGGUUGGACGUGGACACCCACGCCACGGAGCCGCGACUACUCGGCUAUGGCGCCCCAGCGGGGAAGGGCACAUCCACCACCCGUUGCUUAAGCUUCGGCAGCUCCGGCGACAGCGGCGGCAUGGUGACCACCACCACCACUAUCACCACCCGGAGCGGCGCCACCUCCAGUUCGCAGAAGCGGGCACGUGCGCGGCCGUCGCCGUCACCGGGAGCGGAACUGCUGCGGGGUUACUCCAAGAAGCAGCGCGCCAGGGAACCACAGAGCUCAGCUGCAAAGAGCCGGCGGGAGAGGAUCAGCGAGCGGCUGAGGGAGCUGCAGGAGCUGGUACCGGGCGGCGGGAAGGUGGACAUGGUGACCAUGCUCGACAAGGCCAUCGCCUACGUCAAGUUCAUGCAGCUGCAGCUCCGGGUGCUGGAGACCGACGCCUUCUGGCCGGCCGCGGACGGCGCCGCGCCGGACAUCUCCCAGGUCAAGGACGCGCUCGACGCCCUCAUCCUCUGCUCCUCCUCGUCGCAGCAGAGGCUUGUCGAUCGAGCUAGCUAG